UUAAACUCAACGGUCCACAUGUAUGUCGUGUCCGAACUCCGAAGACAGUUAGACUUGUGUCGCCUCUGAAACAAUGUAUAAUAACUCCAUAGAAAUUGUUUAAGUCUAGAAUUUAGGUAAUAUUUGCUAGUUGCAGCCUUAAGCCAUUGUCAUUUGUGCUACUGAACUAACGUCGGUCAACAUGGGCAGUAGAUUGGAAAAGCUCCAGGAAUACCUUGAGGAGUUACAGCACAUCAAGGAGCUAGGAACAUCAUCUGCUAUGGUGGAAAAUUUUUUGGAUGCAGAACUCCUUCUCUGUGAGAAGAAAAUCAAAUUAUUUGCUUCAGAAAAGAAUAAGCAGGAGGUGCUGGGAGACAUCUUGAAGCUAUGGGAGCUUCUGAAGAAGACAAGUGAGCAGAUGUUUGGAAGGCAGAUACAGAAACAGAUUGUGGCCAUACAAGAGAAAGUUGGCCAGAUUUAUGAUGAAAGCACUGAAGGGGGACUCUCCCUGUUUGCAGUCAAGGAGAGAAUGAUUGACUGUCAAGUGAUGUUAGCUUUGGUCAUUUAUGAUCUUAAGAAUGAAGAUGAAGACUUUGUCACGAGGAGCAACUUGAUAGGUACGAUGACUACUAAGGAGCCCGAGACUGCCGGCACUGAGCCUAAGGCAGCUCGUGCUGAACUACAGACAAGAAAGUGUGAUCCUGAGACUGCCGGCACUAAGCUACCUGCAAAUAAGUCUGACCGUGAGACUGCCGGCACUAAGCUACCUGCAAAUAAGUCUGACCGUGAGACUGCCGGCACUAAGCUACCUGCAAAUAAGUCUGACCGUGAGACUGCCGGCACUAAGCUACCUGCAAAUAAGUCUGACCGUGAGACUGCCGGCACUAAGCUACCUGCAAAAAAGUCUGACCGUGAGACAGCCGGCACUAAGCUACCUGCAAAUAAGCCUGAUCCUGUGACUGCCGGCACUAAGCUACCUGCAAAUAAGUCUGAACCUGGGACUGCCGGCACUAAGCUACCUGCAAAUAAGUCUGACCGUGAGACUGCCAAAACUGAGCUACCUGCAAACGAGUCUGAGUCUGGUACUGCCGGCACUGAACUCCAUGGUAGUGAGUCAGCUCCAGAAAUUGUCGAGGAUGAGGCUCCAUCUUCUGUCUCGACUCUUGAGGCCUCCACACCAGAUACAAAACAAGACGCUCCUCCCGCAGGCUUGCCCACCUCCCGUGUUGAAAUUCAUGACUGGAAUCAGACGGACAAGUUCGUGAAGCUGUACUUGGAUGUGCCGGGAGUGAACGCCGCGCACGUGGCAGGCGCGACGCUUGCCUGUGAGGCGCGACACGUGAGCCUCGUCGUGCCAGACGUCGACGGCCGCAACUACGAGUACAGCUUGCGAGAUCUCAGCUACGCCAUCAAGCCAAACAAAAGCAAAAUCAGGCUUAUUGACGGCCGCAUUGUCCUCUUCUUGAAGAAGGAGCCUGGCAGAAUCUCGUGGAGGGAACUGACCGCUGCCACGUUUCCUGAACUCUCAGUUCAGAUUGCCUGGUCUCGAAUGUUGGAAAAAUACCAAGAUUUCCACCGCAUGGUCACCGUUUAUGGUUUGUGCCCCAUGAACUUCAUGCUUGAGGCAAUGUGUAUGUCUGGAUUCCACGUCAUCAGUAGCGGGACUUCCAUCGACAGUAUACUGGAGAACAUGGAGAUAUAUCCCGCUGAAGUGGUUUACUUGAAUUUGCACUCGAGCUCCUCGACUCCAUUUUCAGCGUACGAGAAAGCCGUCAGAGCCUUUGCUCUGCACGAUUGUUACGUCAGCUUGGCCAAUGUUCAGUAUUCUUAUUCAUCUGAAGUCCAAAACGACGACUUCCUUGUUAGUCUGCUUGAUGAGAAACCCGGCAAGCUGGCAACGUUCAGUGGCUCCCUAAGUGCAUUAAAAAUCUCCAACCUGCCGCCUGUCAUGAUCCAGCUGAAGCUGCAUGUGUCGUGCGCGCAGCAGCUCGACGCCAUCUCCACCAUGCCCACGAACCUGGGCAGCCUGCAUGUACGAAUCGCACUCAACAUGGACUUGCGUGACGUUAAACCUCUACGAGCUCGAAAGUUGGCGCUACCUCUGGUUCUUGUCUUCUUCGGUGCAACAAACGCGGACCUGAACUGGCUCAUCGCUGCAAUCGACAAGCUCAAGCGUCGCAGAUUUCUUCCUGGUGGCAACGAGGUGAGCACCAAGAGGGGGCUGCGCCUAUUGGCUUGUCGCCUCACUGCCGAUGCCCAUAUUCGUCUAGCACGCGAGCUUCCCCCGGACAUCGUGUCCGUCGUAGUUGAGGAUAGCUCGAUGGAUGACUCCAUUCCUGCUGCAGUCGCUGGGCGGUACCGUGCUCGCGGCUGCAAGCUGCGUUUCAGCAAGUUCGCCGAGCUCGAUGACGCCGACGCACCCAUACACCAGGACUGGUUUGACUUUGACUAGUACCACAGUACUAGUCGAAGAUAAGCUCUGCGUGCAGGUUUUUGCGUUGCAACUGGUCUUGAUAGUCAUUCAUAUUGCUCUCUCCAACAUCUUCCCAACAGCGAUGAAACCAAUUCCGUUACCUGCUGUGCAAAAGCAGUGUAAUUCCGAAGAUUUAAUACGCUGUGUUAGUCAUCUUCAAGUUGGUUACUUAGGAAACUAACGUCAUUUUAUGUUUUAAGUUUCGUACUGUCCGUAUUUGCUAUGGUGUCUAUAGGAGCUUAUAACUAAAUGAAGGCCUUUCAUCAGGACUUCCAUGCAUCUCUUGUCGCAUUACAGUAGUUCGUUUGAAGUAUCAUGUUGAAAGCUAAGGACGAAAUAGUAUGUUCUGCCUAAUUUUUAAAUUACAUCAUCUACCUUCUUCUUUUACUACUAAGUCUGUCUCUGCUCUGACCACGUUUUUGUUUUGAUUUUGUCUUCAAAGGAAACUUUUCUGCGAGCCCUAGGACUUGCUGUGGUCCAAUUCUAUGCCUGCUCUGUGUCAUAGCUGAUUGGAUCUGGUGACUUUAUUUUAAUUGUUGAAUAUAAAUGCCGACUUUCACCUUAAAUUUCUCUUAGCAUAGUUGCUACUGAAGAAAGUUCGUCAGUAUUAGAUCUCCAGUAUUGAAGGAGAAUAAACUAAUCAUCGUGUUUUAAUGAAUUUAUUCUGCCAUUAAGAAGUUUUGAUUUGCUAGACAUUCAUUCAUUAUUUCAUUUGAAAUACCACAGGAGGAUCUUGACACGUAUCAACCUACCAUGAGUGUCGCUUGAUCAAGUUAAUACUAGCAUGAAAUUUUGACGGUAUCCGCCUAGGACGUUCAAGCAAUAAUUGGCUGAUUGAGUCUAGAGUUCUGGAAAACAACGGCUGACCUUUAAACAUUUAAAAUGUGAAUUGUUUAGUUGAGGUUAGGCAUACUAGCUAUUUUCAUGGAUUUUUAGUUUUUCUAGUUUCACUUUUUUAUGUACUAUUUAACGCUUCGCUGAUUGUGUUUGUUAAUUGUAAGCUGAACGACAUGUAAGAUGUGAGAGUUUAAUUUUCAAUCAAAUGGCUCUUCACACAUCGGCUCGAGCUUAGAUUGGUUAUUGAGUUUCACUGCCUAUCCCUGGUACAUUAAUUUUAUAUAAUUUUACCCGGAUGCUACUUGUGUUUAUCCGUGCUUUGACACAUCUCGUGUCUAAUGUUCCACCAUCGUCCACAAAACGUGCCGACGCAACCGCUAUGCAACCAUCCACAAUUCCCUAUGUUACCAUUCAAUUCUAUCCUUCACUGCCGAUAGCACGUCAGACGAGCUUCCAUGAAUGUUUUUUAUUAGAGAGCGGUUUCUAUACCCACCAAUGGAGGGAGCGGUUUCUCUUGAUACCACAAAUGCUUGCGUUGGCCCUAACCGCAUCGCAUUUGCAUGAUCGAUGUUAACGAGUAGAAAAAUUUCGUAGAUGAUUAGACAACUAACUUGUAAUUAAAAAUUAUUGUCUGCUAUUUGUACCUGCGAGUGGGAUAUAUUGGAAUCCUGGGUUGUACACAACGAUAAAUUGACAGAAUACCACAUGGUUGUUGGAUAUUACAGACACCUACUUGAUUCGCCGAGCGAGGCUGAUAUGAUUCCGUUACUUGGUGUUGGACGGUGUUGUCGACAGAUGCUCAGUUUUUGGGGCAGUUUAGAUUGUGCAGUGCUGUUGUCAAGUAUCUUCAUAUUCUUAAAUAAGAGUCUCAAAUUUGAGUCGAAUGUAAUAUUAAGAUGUCAUAAAAUCUUGAAAACGUGCCACAAUAAUUACUUGCGGAAAGGAAUGCCGUGACAACUUGAAGUGUCCCGUCUUGAACUUGAAGUGACAUGACAUGAAGGCCUUCCCAAAACAAGAAACCACAAAAUGCCUUUGAAUAUUCAAACUUUUUGUACCUCAAAACAUACUGUCCAAAAGACGUUAUAACAUGAAUACCGUGUGUCCCCCAUAGAUAAACUUUCGAAGGCCUUCCAAAAUGGAUAUUGUGCCGCAUAGUAUCCAGUCUGUGCGUUUCCGUAAACGAGCAUACUGUGGCGACGGCCUUCAAACACAGACACUGUGUCCUCCAAUAGGUAUAACUAUUAUCAGAUGAUGCAGCAUCUCCUAUCUUCAAUUUUGAGCUAGAAAGGUUUUCCUUCCAUCUCAUUCUUAUGCUCUGCUCCCUAUAGCUCCCACCUAGCGUUGCUAACUCCCUUCUCGUUACCGAGCUCCUGCUUUUCAUCUCCAGUGAUAUUAAAACAAAUACCCUUUUUGUCAAAGCCCGACUCGCGCGACCAUCUAAUCCACCAAUGGCUUCUAUACACUAAUUUCUUUUGAACCGAUCUACCUUACGUCAAUUAACUUCUAUCAUGGUUUCGUCUAUUAACUUCUAUCAUGGCCGGCGCACAUAUUGAACUGGACUGGUUUGACAAGUAGCCUUGUGCAAAAAAGCUCUUGAGUGUUGGUUUCGGUUUUGCAACCUGUUAUUAAUAGUCAUUUAGAUUGCUCUCUCGAUAUAUGGGAAACUUAUUCCUUUACCUGCUGUGCAAAGGCAGUGCAAUUUCUAAGAUUUAAAACGUGUUUGUCAUCUAUAUUCAUUUUCGUUGCCAAGGAAACUAAUAUAAUUUUAUUUUUCACUUCUUUUUAUCGUCCAUAUAUGUGAUUGUGACUGAAGAGGCUGAUAACUAAAUCAAAGUCUUUCAACAGUGACUUGCAUGCAUCUUUGGUCGCAUUACAGUAGUUCGUUCGAAGCAUCUUAUAGGAAGGUUCUUAUUUAUUUAUAGGUUCUUAUUUUAUUUCUAGGUUCCACUCGGACUACGUUUUUGCUUUUAUUUUCUUUACAAAGGAAACUUGUCGCGAGCCCUAGAAAUUGUACGGUUUAGCCUCUAUGCCUGCUCAGAAUCAUGGCUGAGCUGAUCUGGUGAGGCUAUUUCAGGUGUAAAAUCGUUCGGAAACGAGCACUUUUACACUAAAUUUCGUUGGGUAUAGUUGCUUCUCAAAUAAGAUCUUGAAUUCGUACUGCUCGAAGAGUGAUGACUAAUCGUGGUGGUUUUGAUGAAUUUUAUUUUGCGAUCGAGAAAUUUAAAUUUUGUGACGUAUUUUUGUUCACACAUCAGCUGACUAUGCUGAAUACAAUUUAUUGUAGUUGGAAUUGAAUGAAAAACCACAGAAAAGAUCAUUGCGCGUAUCAACGUCUAUAAUUGUCUCUUGGCCGUACUGAAAUCGCGUUAAAUUUCGCUGUAACUGCCUCAAAGUAUACAAUAUAAUCGCUACUUUCACAUUAAAGCUGUUGAGAAGAAAGGCUAUCCAUAUUUGAGAUUUGAGAUGUGAAUUGUUUAGUUAGGUUCAUGCAAUCAUGUUAUUUGAAAAGGAUUGUUUUCAGUUGUU